CUGUUCGCAUGGCUCUACUUAGUGUGGUUCUAUAUCGAUUACCGCACACCGGAAAGAGGUGGACGUAUAAACGUGGAUGCUCGUAACUGGCGAUUAUACCGUUAUAUGGCGAGCUACUUCCCCGUAAAGCUUAUCAAAACAGCUGAUCUGCCAGCAAAUCACAAUUACAUCAUAGGAGCUCAUCCACAUGGUAUUCUAUGCUUUGGUGCAUUUCUCACAUAUGCAACAAACGCCACCGGCUUCGACCAGUACUUUCCGGGAAUACGGUGUGCAUUGGCGACCGUUCGUGCUAUGUUCUGGAUACCGAUCAAGAGAGAACAAGCUUUCUACAUGACAGGUCUAUAUCAAUAAGC